AUGCCACCUCACAACCCGCACCCGCUCCCCUCUCUCACCCUAAUCGUGGCAACGACCCCAAUCCGCACCGCGUCGACCACAAAAGACGAAAUCACGCGUCUAGGCAUUGGCCUAAACGGCACCCUCCCAUGGCCCCGCAUAAAGACAGACAUGUCAUUCUUCGCCCGCGUGACAUCGCGCCCACCAAGCCCAGGCAAGACAAACGCGAUAAUCAUGGGCCGCAAGACAUAUGACUCAGUUCCCACCUCGCUGCGCCCUCUCGCAAAGCGAAUUAACGUCGUGAUCACGCGCGACACGUCCGGUUCUGUUUGCGAGAGCGUAAAUGCGGAGUUGGGGAAGAUGAAGAGGAAGAUUGCGGCUAAGGCCGCUGAGGCUCAGACACAAGCACAAGCUACGAAUGCGGAAAAGGAGGCUUUUAACCCGCCUACGGAUGCUGUCCCGGCUCCGCCGGCGGUCCCGAUGACUGAUGCGAUUGUUACGCCGAGUCUGGGCGCGGCGUUGGAGCAGUUGGACUCUGUGUAUGGGGCGCAGGGGACGCUUGGGAAAAUUUUUGUUAUUGGUGGGGCGGAGAUUUAUAAUGCUACGUUGAAGAUGGGUGGUGAGGAGUUGGGCGGGAGGGCUGUUAGGGUUGUUAUGACGAAUGUUGUGCGGAAGGGGGCUGUUGAUGCGCCUGCUUCGUUUGAGUGUGAUACGUUUUUCCCGUUGGAUGGGCUCAAUGAGGGGAAUGGGUGGCGGCCUGCUAGCUCUGAGGAGGUUUCUGAGUGGGUUGGGGAGGAGGUUGAUGGGGAGUGGAAGGGCGAUGGGGAUGUUGAGGUUCAGAUGGUUGGAUAUGAGAAAUUGAAUUAA